AUGUCAUCGGUUGAAUCUUCGACAUCACCUACAUCAAGUACUCCAGGCAUCACUUCCACCACAUCAUCAUCAACAACAAACACUACCAAUAAUAAUAAUAAUACAAAUGGAGUUUAUAAUUUCUAUGGAAAUAAUCAGAAUAUUAAAAUUCAACACUACUUUAACUAUUCAACCAUCAUGAGGGAUAGGGAGGCCUGUAGUUCAUUUCUCGACUAUUUGACCAAUGUUACUCAUUGUGAUGAGAAUUUACUCUUCCUUCUCCACUUGGAUAAUAUUAAAUUUAUGAAAACCGUUCCAAUUAUGAUGGAACAGACACAGGUUGUGAUAGAUACCUAUGUGAAAUUGGAAUCUAGCAAGGAAUUGAAUAUAACAGAUAAGAUUAGAAGUUCUGUGAUUCAACAAUAUGAAGAGUUGAAAAGUUUAUUUCCCAAUGGUGAUUUUAAAAGUAAUCAUGACAUGACACAAGAAUUUAUCCAAGGAAAAAUUCAACAAAUUUUCAAUGAAUUGGUUGUACAAAUCAAUUUACAGUUGAAACAAGAUAGUUUCGAAUCAUAUCUUUCCUCAGAAGUAUUCGAAAAGUUUAUUAUUAAAAAGAUACGAGACAAGAUGCAACAUCAACAAGAAAAGGAAAAACAUCAAGAAAAACAGAAAAAGAAACGAGCUUCUUCUCUCUUUCCAGCAAGUCCUAAUACUUUUGAUAUGGAUAAUUAUAGUUUUAGAGAUAGUGAUGCAGCUGAUGGAUAUAACAUGUAUGAAGAUGCUGAUUCAAGUAGUGGACUUGGAGCCAAUUUAAUGAAACGAUUUGUAGGUGGACUAUUGAAAGGUGGUGCUGCUCUUCAACAGGCUGUCAAUAAUCAUACAAAUUCUUCAUCUACUUAUAAUGUGAGUGCUAGUGGAUCUUUUGAUGAUGUUUCCUCCACUUCCUCAAAUUCAUUGACCAAUUCAACAGAUAAUUUGAGUUGUAACAGUGCAGUUACAACUUCAACAACAACAACAACUAGCUCUACACCAAAUAAUAAUAACUGUUCAGAGAGUGACGAUCAACAUGUAGGCAAUUUUCACAUCAAACAUCAUCGUAUAAAAUCCCUCUCCAAUCAACAACCUCAGGAAAAUGCCAAUGAUACAGUUGAAAUUAUGAAGAAUAUUAUUCAGGACUUGUACAAACAACUCAUUCAGAAAGAUCAGGAAAUUAAGAAACUUCACGAUGCAAUCAAACAACAUACCCAAUUGAUGGGACUUGGAGGUGAGAGAAAGUCUAAACCUCUCCCAACAGCUCCAAUGUCUCCUCAACCUGGAUCUCAUUCUCAUCACACCAAUACAUCGACCCUACUGUCUGAACAAUUGACAUCCCCUAGAAAAGUUCCAAAACCUCUCCCUUCCACCCACAGUAGAAUGUCCCUCAAUGCCGAACAAUCAAAGGAUAUUAAGAAUAUGAAUUUUAAUCCAACCAACAAUAGCUCCGUAGCCACUCCAUCUCACGAACAUUCUAAAUCCCUACAUCAACUCUACUCGAAUCCAAGUUCAAAUUCUACUGGCAAUACUAGUAAUGGAAGAUUUGUAACAAGUGCUGCUAAGAAUCUUACACUCUCCACGAGUAGUGCAACUCCACAACAGAACAGUGCAGUAAAGAAGGAUGUUUCCACUCCAACAAGUACCAAUAAUAAGGAAGAAACAAGUGGAUCUCCACUCAUUCGUCGUCAAACAACUCAGACACUCAUUGUAGGAAAUAAGAAACUUGAUAGCUCUGAUCCCAAUACACCAUCAUCACCAUCAAAAACAAAGAAAGUUCUCGAUAUUUCCUCUUCGAGUGAAAAUCUCAAAGAUGACAGCAAGUUACCAAUCACACAAAGAUUACAAUUCUUUGAAAAACUCAAUGCUGCCUCUUCACCAACAAAUAGUCCACCAAAAGAUUCUACUAUUAAGAGAUUUUCUCAAACUGUAUCCAAUAAGUAAUACUACUGAAAUAACUUCCAAUAACUCAUUUAUUAUAUCGAGAGAAAGAUGCAUGCCCUACCAUGUAUGUCAAUUAUAUUGUAAAUAAUUGUGUGUGCUUAAUAAAACAGGUUCACUCUUCAUCAAUUGCUUAUUC